CCCCCCUCCCCCCAAGAUUACCCACAACCAAUACUUAUCGUGUGAAGGGGGAUAAAACAAAAAAGCGGACUACGCCUAGCUUGCUCGUUCGACCCAACUGUAAAGCGGCCUUGAUCUGGCUGCCCUCCCGCCAUGUCGUCCCUUUUCGACGCCGUUCUUCAAUCCGAGUUGGACUCCAACGCCGGCUCUCGCGAUCAGCGUCUUCAUUCAGAUCAACUUCCCAGCUCUCGCCCGCACCCACCUUCUGAAAGCAAUGGCCCAAUGAGUGAUAUGCAUGCAUUUCCCGACGACCAGGUCGUUGAAUUAAAUGCUUCGACCGUAAACCGACUCCGGAAUCCAUAUGUGAAAGGGCCCCCACCUGUGAUCGACGUGGCAGGCGAGAAAGUGCAGCAGGCGUUUGCAGAACUGCUUGAGACUUAUAUGGAGGAGCCCUCAUGGUCUGAGCCGCCGCCUUCUUCGGAAAUCCUCAGUGACAAAUACUACAUUGCUCAGAUCAAGGGCAUGCACAAAUGGGAGCUUUCCACACUCUAUGUGGACUUCACCCACUUGACGUCAAUGGAGAACCCAGUCCUGGCAGACGCAAUUGUAAAUCAAUACUACCGAUUCCAACCGUUCUUAACGAGAGCGCUGCACAGUCUGAUCUCAAAAUAUGAGCCCGAUUAUUAUGCCCUCCAUCGCAAACUUGACAAUGUGCCUUCGGAUGUCGGCACGUCUAUGAUGGCUGGCAAUUCAAGUGGGAGCGUAUCUGAAAAACAUAAAAUGGGUGAAUUCAUGCAGGAACGGACACGUCACCAGCAGACAGAUAAAUUAUUCUCUCUCGCUUUCUAUAACCUACCUCUUGUCUCCCGUUUGCGCCAACUUCGAACCUCACAGAUUGGGAAACUGCUUUCGAUCUCUGGCACUGUCACACGGACGUCAGAGAUCCGGCCGGAGUUGUCCCUUGGUACUUUCAUCUGCGAGAACUGCAAAACAGUUUGCCCCGAUGUCGAGCAAACUUUCAAGUACACAGAGCCUUCGGAAUGCCCUAACAGCACGUGCGGAAACCGCUCUGGUUGGCGCCUGGACAUCGGCAAGAGCACGUUUGUCGAUUGGCAGAAAGUCAAACUGCAAGAGUCCUCGCAUGAGAUUCCCACUGGUAGCAUGCCCCGGACCAUGGAUGUCAUUCUUCGCGGUGAAAUGGUCGACCGUGCCAAGGCUGGUGAGCGGUGUAUUUUCACCGGCACGUUGAUCGUUGUCCCUGAUGUUAGCCAGCUCGGACUGCCCGGUGUACGGCCGGAGGCGGUCCGUGAUGACUCUGCAUUCCGCAGUGGAGAUGUGGGUGGAGGAGGACUCACGGGUCUCAAGGCGCUUGGUGCGAGGGAUUUGACCUACCGUCUUGCUUUCCUCGCCUGCAUGGUCACCCCAGACACUACAACCCCCGGCCAGCAAUCGAACCAGCAGUUGAGUGGACAGUCUCAUAACAUUCUUGCUUCUCUAAACCAACUCACCGAGCCCGAAGCCAAUGAGGACAAAGCGCAGGAGGCGUUUCUUCACACCUUAACCUCGUAUGAGGUUGAGGACUUGAAAGGACUCGUUCAUUCAGACUAUAUUUAUUCCCGACUCGUGGACUCGAUUGCUCCCAUGAUCUAUGGCCAUCGCCAGAUCAAAAAGGGAUUGCUCCUGCAACUGAUUGGUGGAGUCAGCAAAUCUACAGAGCAAGAAAAUAUGCAACUCCGUGGUGAUCUCAACAUCUGCAUUGUCGGUGAUCCUUCGACAAGCAAAAGUCAAUUCUUGAAGUACAUUUGCUCUUUGCAUCCUCGCGCCGUAUAUACAAGUGGAAAGGCCUCAUCAGCAGCUGGUUUGACCGCUUCAGUUGUGAAGGAUGCCGAGACCGGUGAAUUUACGAUUGAGGCCGGUGCCCUGAUGCUUGCGAAUGGCGGUGGUAUUUGUGCUAUUGACGAAUUUGACAAGAUGGAUAUCAGCGACCAAGUUGCCAUCCACGAAGCUAUGGAACAACAAACGAUCUCCAUUGCAAAGGCAGGAAUUCACACGACUCUCAAUGCACGUGCAUCUAUCCUAGCCGCGGCGAACCCCAUUGGUGGACGAUACAAUCCGAAAGCCACCCUACGAGCCAACCUCAACUUCAGUGCCCCCAUUAUGAGUAGAUUCGAUCUGUUCUUUGUUAUUCGGGAUGACCCCAACGAAGCCGUAGAUCGCAAUCUCGCUAACCACAUCGUCAAUGUGCAUAUGAACCGAGAUGAAGCCGUUCAGCCAGAGCUCAGUACCGAGCAAUUACAGCGCUAUAUUCGAUUCGCUCGGACGUUCCGGCCAGUCUUCACUGACGAGGCUAAGGCUCUGUUAGUUGAGAAAUACAAGGAGCUCCGUGCCAAUGACUCCCAGGGCGGCGCCGGCCGCUCUUCAUACCGUAUCACUGUCCGCCAGCUGGAGUCUUUAAUCCGUCUUUCCGAAGCCGUCGCUAAGGCUAACUGCGUAGAGGAGAUCGUUCCGAAGUUCGUCCAAGAAGCAUUUGACCUUCUCCGCCAGAGCAUUGUAACUGUUGAAAAAGACGAUGUCGAAGUCGAUGAUGACGACGAACUUGCCAAUGCCAAGGAACGUGACGAGGAUCACGAAAUGGGCGAUGGUGACCGUGACCGAGAAGGCGACAGCCCCAUGCGCGAUGAGGUGGAAGAACAACCGGCAGCAUCGCGCCCAAGGACCAAGAUCACUUUUGACAAGUACAUGAAGAUCCUGAACCUCGUCGUGCGCCGAGUUAACGAAGACGAGUCCACUUCCGGCGAGGGCGUGGAGGAGGAGGAUCUCAUUGUUUGGUACUUGGAACAAAUUGAAGCCGAGCUGGAGAGCGAGGAAGAUCUACAACGAGAGCGCAGUCUAGCAGUAAAGGUCUUGAAGAGAAUGGUCAAGGACAACAUACUCAUGCCCAUCCGAGGAGAAGGCCUGGUUGAUGCAGCAGAUGGUGACCAAGAGGCGUCCUUCCGCACUGUUUACGUUCUGCACCCCAACUGUGCGGUCGAUGAUAUCGUGGUCCCGGAUCCUAAUAAGCGGCGGUGAUAAAAUAAGCAUAUAUAAGUUGGAGUAAUACUGAUUACGAGUCAUGAGGUGUGCUUGUGAAUUGUUCAUUCGGGUUGGAUGUGGAUUUCUGUGGAUAUAUCGGAUUAGACUAAUAGGUUCGGCGCGUACGGUGGUUUCAUUCCUCCUCCAACCAAUAUGAAGAUGAUGAAGUUUGAUGAUCUCUAUCUCCAUGCUUUUCCUAAAUCUGACUACCCAGACCUUUCUAUAGUUUUCAAUUAUCUUUUCUGAUUCCUCUCUCCUUGUUGCUCCCAAUUGUUCCCCAACUCACCCUCUUCACUCACUACAUCUUUUCUACCUUAUCCAUGCCUUCUUUAACUUCGUCCUAUCCACCACCUACUACGCGUCUAUAAAAUACUCAUUUCUCUUCCAAACAUGUUCUUCUUAUGUCUUGGCAACUAUCGAGGACUUAGAUCGCCGUCCGUCUUCCUUGUACCAAACACCUCACAGCUUAUAAUCCCUUUAGCCUACGCUCUGAUAGCUAUCCAAAGUCCUUCAUAUUUUGUUCACGUUCCCCAACAAUGAGAUCACUCUCCAGUCGUCCCUUCACAUUUCUCUCCUUCAUCUGUAUCAUUUAUCUUAUAUUCAGUCCACUGCCCUUCGCUUUAGGCUCGCUUAUGAUCCACUAGCAUCUCGCAAAAAA